AUGGAUCUUCAAGUGAACACAGUCAAGAUAAAUGUAUUAAGCUCAGAUUUGCCAAAAUCUUUCGAUCAAAUACCUCACAUACAGAUAGUACUUAGAGAUUGGGGAAUUAAUGUUAUACGCUUAGAAUUCAACUGGGUUGCAUUGAAACCACAGGAAGAUGAAAUCAGUCAACACUACUUGGAUAUCAUUGAAAAGAUUAUCGACAAUGCUGGAUUACAUGGAGUUUAUGUUAUCAUUGAUUUUCAUCAAGAUGGAUUAUCGAAACGUCUAGGUGCAAUUGAUGCUGUGCCUAAUUGGGUUAUGGAUAAAAUAGAGCCACCACCAUAUUUAUUCCAAUACCCUUGGCCACUAAAGAAAGAUCCAGAUAAUGCAGGUCCCAAUCUCUUAUCAUUUUAUGAUUAUUUGGUGAAUGUUAUUCGCCAAUCUGACAAAGAUACAUUGAUAUUUUACGAGAGUGUAACUUAUGGAAUAUAUUUUCCAUCUGUUAAUGGACUACCUGGUACUGGUAUCCGACGUGUUCCCGGUCUAUUACAAGAUGAGAUGGCCAGAAAGAAGAGUGUAUUAUCUUAUCAUUACUACUGUUGGUUAUUGGAAUCGACACUAUCUACAAAGAAUAUGCCAUCAUGGAAACGAUAUUUGUGUGAUAAAUUGAAAUCAUUCAGUCGUACAUAUCCACAAUCAACUGCCGGUCAACCUGUCAAACUGAGAUUCGAUGUCGAUUCAGGUGUGUUUUAUUAUGUUUUUGUACCCACACAGAAGUAUUGUACAAACGUGGACGCAGCAUUGUUAGUUGCAGAGAUUUUUGUUCCAAUGUCGAUUCAUUAUCCAUAUGGAUUGAGAACUCGUUUUGUACCAGAACAAUUAUAUUAUAAAAUGUAUGAAAAUAAUACUAAUUUAAUGUUUGUCUAUGCACCAUGUACGUUGAUCAACACAAAUAUUGAACUUAUGGAAAUAACGAUCAUACCAAACCAAACACAAGAUAAGCAUUCAGACAACAAUUAUAGUCAUUUACCAACUUAUUCGAAAUCUGUAUCAAUAUUGUUAAUUGUGAACUCCUUGAUAUUUUCACAUCUUUCAACAUAUUUUGUCUAA